AUGGAUCAACUGCCCGAACCAGUUACCUACGUCUGCGGAGAUUGUGGACAAGAGAACACUUUGAAGUCUGGAGAUGUGAUUCAAUGCAGAGAGUGUGGCUACCGUAUUCUAUACAAGAAGCGUACCCGUAGAGUUGUAAUCCAUCACUUCACGCCUAAUUAUGUGGUCAUGAUUCUCUUGCAGUUGUUCAAUAUGAAGCUCGCUGAGAACCACACAACCCCUAAUGAUGAUUCCAAGUCUGCUUAA